CUCGCCAGUCAGUCGGUGGAAUGGUCUGCGUUUUCUCUCCUGAGUCGUUUCCCCUUCAGCAUGGGAACUGCGGUGUCUAAAAGGAAGAAUCUGAGGAGUGAUGCCAUAUCGUCCGUGGCCGCUAAAGUUCGAGCAGCCAGAGCAUUCGGAGAGUAUCUGUCCAAUACCAAUCCAGAGAACCGCAACAGAGCAGAUCAUCUGUUGUCUGACACCUUCCCUGGCCAGGAUUGCGACUCCCCAGUCGUCAGCCAAUUGCAUUUCAACAAUCUGCCACCACAGAGCCACUGUUUGCCCAUAGCUAAUCCAAACCUGUCUAGCGAAACCAAUCCCAGUGCUCAUCCAGAGUGUCAGCCUCAAAUCAGCACUCUCCAGGCUCAAGCACCUUUGGGCACCUCCAAACGUCGACUGUCUGUUGAGCGCAGCCUUUCCACAGAGGAACCACCAGGUGCCAGAGUUAGAGAGAGGAGCGUAGUUGUGAUGCCAGCCAAGGUGUACACAAUUACCAGGGAGGCAGGGAUGACCCUUGGGGACAAUGGCAGCGAGGAGAGCCUUGAGCUGGAGGUGCUGAAAUGCUCCGGGGAGAAGCCUCUGUCCCAGGAUUCCGCCAACCACAACCCAUCCUGCACCAGCCAGCCUUCCACCACAGCACCUCGGAAUAGCCAUCACCGUAGUAGCCAUCACCGCAGCAACCAUCACCAUGCCCACCAGCACCACAGAGGCCAGCCGUCAUCCUCACAGCCACUGCAGAGCUCAGGGAGUACCAGUAACAUCCGGGACUGGGGGAUGAGGAGAGGGGGGUCACGAGAUGACAACACCCCAGACUGUGUGGCCUGCAUUCGGGCUCCGUGUCAAAGCCAGCGCUCUUUGGACCUGGACACCUCACCAUGGGAUGGCGGGAAGCACCACAAGAAACUGGAGAGGAUGUACAGCGAGGACAGAGCAUCAACUGAUGACAGGGAGGACAAUCCUAAUAGCUGGUUCCCCAAAGAGAACAUGUUCAGCUUUCAGACAGCUACUACCACCAUGCAGGCAAUAUCGGCUUUCCGUGGCAAUGCUGAGAGAAAGAGGCGGAAAAGAGAGCAGGAGGCAGCCAUCAUGAUGGAGAGAAAUUUCCGCAAACACCUCAGGAUGGUGGGCAGCCGCAGGAUUAAGGUCCAGACCUUCGCUGACCGCAGAGCCAAGAGUUUCAGCCGCUCAUGGAGUGACCCGACCCCCAUCAAGCCUGACUCGCUGCAUGACUCCAGAGACAGUGGUGAGAUUCAGACCUCCUCAGGCACACUAGAUGAAGGCCUGAACGAGGAUGCCGAGUGGGAGGAGGAGAGGGAUAUGGAGAGAGUGGCCUGUAAAGGAGAGGACUUCAUCCCACCUAAAAUUAUGCUGAUAUCCUCCAAGGUCCCAAAGGCCGAAUAUGUUCCCAACAUCAUUCGGAGGGACGACCCAUCCAUCAUUCCCAUUCUUUAUGACCAUGAACAUGCCACGUUUGAUGACAUCCUUGAGGAGAUAGAGAAGAAGCUGACUGCAUACAGAAAAGGCUGUAAAAUCUGGAAUAUGCUCAUUUUUUGCCAGGGAGGUCCAGGACAUGUGUACCUGCUGAAGAAUAAGGUUGCCACCUUUGCAAAGGUGGAGAAGGAAGAAGACAUGAUCCAGUUUUGGCGGCGGCUAAGCAAAUCGAUGAGUAAGCUAAACCCUGAGCCCAAUGUCAUCCACAUCAUGGGCUGCUAUGUGCUGGGGAGCGCCAAUGGAGAAAAGCUGAUUCAGACUCUGAAGAAGCUGAUGCGACCCUCCUCAGUCGAAUUCAAGUCCCCUCUAGAGCUGUCCGCCCAGGGCAAAGAGAUGAUUGAGAUGUACUUUGACUUCCGUCUGUUUCGCCUGUGGAAAAGCCGUCAGCACUCAAAGCUGCUGGAUUACGACAACGUCUUGUGACUUUGCCCACCUUUGGCUUAUCAACUGGUAUCUUGCGUCUGAACCAAAUGUGUGGUGACAGGGCAGUUGUUUGAAGGGCCCCUGUAAUGCUCCUGGACCGGCUCUGUGGUAGAGCUCGAGUAGCAGCACAGUUGGGUUGUUUUUUUCCCUUCUGAGGAGACAGAGAGGCCCUGUAGAUUCAGCCAGUGGUGUAAUUUUUCUCCCUUACUCGUUUUACACUUUUUGCCUAUCUCUCUGAGAAAGGAGAAAGAAGGGGACACGAAAAGGAGGAGAAGCUUGGGAAUCGUCAUUCUAGCCUCAAUGUGUCAGAAGAUGCUUACUAGCAUUGGAUUCCUGAGUUCAGUGAGAAUGUUAGAUAAAGGAGUGACAGCAGAGACCAGAAAACUAAAACUCCUUUCCGAGUUUAGUGGGAGACAGACUUUCUUUUCUUUUGCCUUAACCAACCUAUUUGCUCUUUUAAGAUGGAGGCUUGUAAGGAUGGAAGUAUUUGAAAGUUUUUGAGGAUCUCUCUCCAUGCUGUCAUGUGAAAAUAGACAUUUAAUUAGUCUUCUUAAAAUUGUGAUUUGUCUAUUUAACACAGAUUUUUUAAAUUUAAGAUAAAUGUAUUAGUAUUUCGUACAGACUGUUGUUUUAACUCAGGUUAAAUUACUCGUUUGAUACUAAGAUACUUGUUUGUACUCACUGUAGAUCAGAAUCCAAGGCCUUCAUGCUCCACACAGUUAACUUUAGUGGAUCAUUAUGACUGUCAGGGAUCUCAUAAGUCAAUGUGUGUGUGUGUGUGUGUCUGUGUGUGUGUGAAAGAUGGAGGUUUUCUUCAUCUUUCUUCAUCUUUUAAGUCAAAUGCAGAUGUAUCCGUGCAUGUUCCAUAACAUUACAACAUUACAGCACAAGCUUUUCUUUCUUGAGCAGCUCAUCCCUGUUACGUAUUGCAUGUGUGUGUUCAUAUCUUGUAUCCGGUCACUCUGUAA